AUGACGAUUUGGCCAUCUUCUUGGGGCUUUGAGAAAUUCAAAUCCUUCACUCUUAUCCUGCUACCUGCAGUAGUUUCCUUGCUAUCUGUGUUACCAAGUUUUUGUUUCUCUCAUGCCUCUCCUUUUCCUUCUACUACAACCACAACAACCAUGGCAACUGCUGAUACUAGUAUGAUAGCAGAAUUACAAGUGGAAGCCCUCCUCAAAUGGAAAGCUAUCUUCCCUGACCAAACCCAGUUUCUUCUCACUUCUUGGAGAUCAAUGCUUCCUUCUAAUGGUAGUGGUGCCACAAACUCUUCUGUCCAAUUCAAUCACUGCAACUGGGUUGGAAUUGUCUGCAACCAAAGGAAAAGCAUCAUUGAAAUAAACCUCCCAAAUAUGGGUUUGCAAGGUACGUUUCAUAAGUUCAAUUUCUCAUCUUUUCCAAACCUUGUUCGUCUUGAUGUCACCAAUAAUGUUCUCUCUGGCACUAUUCCAUCCAGCAUCAGUAAACUUUCCAAAUUAACUUAUCUUGAUCUGUCAAUCAAUGAAUUUUUCGGGAAUAUUCCAUCAGAAAUUACCAACCUAACAAGUCUCCAAGUCUUGUAUCUUGAUGGAAAUCGUUUUAGUGGUUCAAUACCUUCAAGUAUAGAAAAGCUGAAACAUCUUAGUGAGCUGACUCUGUUCUCCAACAAUCUCACUGGAUCCAUCCCCACAAAUUUUGCACAGUUAAAAAACUUGAAGUCCCUACUGCUCGACAAAAAUCAACUCUCAGGACCCAUUCCUCAAGAGAUAGGAAACUUGACUAAUCUUAUGCUAUUAGGUUUGUCCCGUAAUUAUCUUACAGGUUCCAUUCCAUUUAGUUUUGGGAAUUUGAUUAACCUUAAUGCCUUGUCCCUCUCUGAUAAUAAGCUUUCAUGUUCUAUUUCACCAGAAAUUGGAAAGCUUAGACCCAUUCCUCAAGAGAUUGGAAACUUAGGCAAUCUAAUAGAAUUAGAUCUAUCCGAUAACCAUCUGUCUGGUUCCAUUCCUUCUACUUUGGGGAAUUUGGUUAACCUUACUUUUUUACAUCUCUUCAACAAUAAACUCUCAGGUCCCAUUCCACCAGAAAUUGGAAAGCUUACUUCUCUUUUAGGUCUCUUAUUGUAUACCAACAAUCUCAAUAGCCUCAUCCCUACCUCCUUGGGUAACUUGAGCAAGCUUACCACUUUGUCCCUUCAUGAAAAUCAAUUUUCAGGACCCAUCCCUCAAGAGAUUGGAAAGCUUAGGGCUCUUUCAAAGCUAUCAUCGCAACAAAAUAAGCUCAUGGGCUCCAUCCCUACCUCCUUAAGUAACUUGAGCAAGUUAACCAUUUUAUACCUCCAUGAAAAUCAUCUGUCGGGUUCCAUUCCAGCUGAGAUUGGAAAGCUUAGGGCUCUUUCAGGACUGGCAUUGUACGAAAACAAGCUCACUGGCUUCAUUCCUACAUCCUUAGGUAACUUGAGCAAGCUAAACAUUUUAUACCUCCAUGAAAAUCAACUCUCUGGUUCUAUUCCUCCACAGAUCGGAAGCCUUAGGACCCUUUCAGAGAUCUCAUUGCAACAAAAUAAGCUAAUGGGCUCCAUUCCUACCUCCUUAGGUAACUUGAGCAAGCUAACCAUUUUAUACCUCCAUGAAAAUCACUUGUCAGGUUCCAUUCCACCUGAGAUUGGAAAGCUUAGAGCUCUUUUAGAACUGGCAUUGUACAAAAACCAUCUCAAAGGCUUCAUCCCUACCUCCCUAUGUAACUUGAGCAAGCUAAUCCAUUUAUUGCUCCAUGAAAAUGAGCUAUCAGGUUCCAUUCCUCAAGAGAUUGGAAAUCUGACAAAUGUAAUGAAAUUAUAUUUAUUUGAUAACCAUUUGAAAGGUGCCAUUCCAUCUACUUUUGAAAACUUGAUCAAUCUUAAUCAUUUACGGCUCUCCAAUAAUAGGCUCUCGGGACCAUUGUUGAAAUAAUGGUUAAUACUUAUUAUACCUAAUUGUAGUCUAUCCAGCAAUGGCUAUUUUACAGCCUCAUAGUCUCUUGUAAUUGUUGCAUCUUAAACAUAGUUCUGUGAUCAGCUUUAUGGUAUAAACAUGUAUAAUUCUCUUCCUUUCUUUUGUAAUUGCUA